AUGACACUUGCAUACUUUCAAUGUCUUAGUUUAAUUGAUGUGGAUUUACUGAUCAGACUAGUCAAUCCUUGUAAAUCAUCAUAUAACAAGUACUUCGAUUUCUUCAAUAGCAAUAGCAGAGCCACCAAGACAUUCAAACCCAAGAAAAAUAUUCCAGAAGGAACUCAUCAGCAUGACCUAAUGAAGCAUGCUGCUGCUACCCUUGGCAGUGGAAAUCUUCGAUUGGCCGUGGUUUUACCGGAAGGUGAAGAUUUGAACGAGUGGGUAGCUGUAAAUACUGUUGACUUUUUUAAUCAAAUCAACAUGCUUUACGGAACAAUUACCGAAUUCUGCACCGAAAUUACCUGUCCAGUAAUGUCAGCUGGGCCAAAAUAUGAAUAUCACUGGGCAGACGGACAACAGAUAAAAAAACCAAUCAAAUGUUCAGCUCCUCGUUACAUUGACUACCUUAUGUCCUGGGUACAAGAGCAAAUGGAUGAUGAAGUUAUAUUUCCUUCCAAAAUUGGAGUUCCUUUUCCUAAGAAUUUCAUCAUGGUUGCCAAAACUAUUUUAAAGCGAUUAUUCCGAGUGUAUGCUCAUAUAUAUUACAAUCAUUUUAAUCAAAUCAUGGGUCUUGGCGAAGAAGCACAUUUAAAUACUUCAUUCAAGCAUUUUGUCUAUUUCGUACAAGAAUUCAGUUUGGUUGAUCGUCGAGAAUUAGCGCCGCUGCAAGAUUUGAUUGAUAAGCUAAUUACAAGAGACGCAGCAAAGGGAAAUUAA